AACAAGGCAGGAUACGACACAGCAGUGGUGUUAGAUUUUUUUAACAAACUUUUUGAUUCUGUAAACGCACAUACUUUGCAUCCAGAAAGUCCUUUACGAGUUGCGGUAUUAGAAAAUAGCAAACAUCAUGAUUUUUGGUUGUAUGCUAUAAGAUUACUAUCCAAUAUGCGAUAUAAUGCAGGCAUAAAGUUUUUAAAGACGAGAAAUAUUAAUCAAGAGUCACUAGAAAACUUAUUUGGUAUGAUUCGUAGUCACGAACGUAGAAAUAUCAAUCCUACAUGUAGCCAAUGUACGAGUAGUUCUGUAGACAAACACACACAAAACACUAUUAAUCCAUAUAAUCUAAUUUCGAAACGCUCUAUGAGUACUAACUGCGAAAGCAAAAAUGAUGAUGAUUUACUAUUUACAUUAAAGAACUUUGUGAAAGAUGUUUCUCAGAUGUUAACACAGUACAGAACAAACAGUGGAAGAAGAUUCUGUAGAAUCAUUUCAAAUUCCGCAUAA